AGCCAAUCUGGCCCAGGGCCGGCAGAGGAGAUCGCAUCCCGAGGAGAAGGGGGGGACUGGCGCAGAGGGGCCGCCCGCCAGCCAUGCGGCUGUUCGUGCGCGACCUCGCGGGCCGCGCGCUGCCCAUCGAGGCCAGCCCGGAGGCGAGCGUGGACAGCCUGAAGGAGCAGCUCGCCGCUGGGCUGGCGGUGCCGGCGGCCGAGCAGCGCCUGCUCUUCGGGGGGCAGGCGCUGGAGGGCCUGCGCGCGGCUGGCUCCUGCGGGGCCCAGGACGAGUCCACCCUCUUCCUGUCGCUGGAUCUCUCGGGGGGCGGCAAGAAGCGCAAGAAGAAGACGUACACGAAGCCCAAGAAGAUCAAGCACAAGCGCAAGAAGGUCAAGCUGGCGGUGCUGAAGUUCUACAAGGUCGACUCGAGCGACAAGGUGUCGCGCCUCAGGCGCGAGUGCCCCCACGAGCUGUGCGGGCCGGGCGUCUUCAUGGCCAUGCACUUCAACCGCUACUACUGCGGCAAGUGCCACCUCACCUACCUCAUCAAGAAGGGCGACGGCGACUGAGCGCGAGGGGUCGGGAGAGUGGGCCGGUCGGCGGCGAGGGCGACACGAUCAGCGCACGGGCCCUCCUCACCUUCCACCUCCGCUCCUCCUUCUCCCCCUGCGUCCCUCCGAUCCCUUCUGAGCCCCCGCCUUCCCAUGUUUGCGCGCGCCGCACCACGUCGUCUGGCAGACGACGCCCCGCAGCCCACGAGAUAGCGUCGUCGAUCCGCAGACGCUUCAGACUCCGCGGGGCGAACGCCACACGCGGGCGCCCCUUUCUGUCAUGGACCCCUCCGCCUCCUCCGCCUCCGCCGCCUCCUCUUCCUCCUCCUCCUCCUCCUCCUCCUCCUUCCUGUCCUCCUCCUCCUCGUCACUCUUGCCCGGGGGCGCUCCUGCC